AUGGCGAUGAACAGCAGCUAUCACAACGAUACGUACAACUCUAAUGGCUACACAUUAUUAGAAAGUACUUCUAUUGUGUGUGCUAGCAGUCUCAUUACUAUUUUUGCCAUUCCAAGCAAUGCUAUUGUGAUAUUUAUCAUUGCCAAAGUACAAAGUAUGCGAACUACGACAAACUUUUUACUGCUGAACUUGUGUAUUGCUGACUUAUUGACCGUGUUUAAUCUUCCAUUCGUAACGAUUGAUCUCUACAUUACGGGGUACUGGAUCUUUGGUGGAUUCAUGUGUCGGUUCGUAUCGUUCACCAAAUCAAUAGGAACUAAAGCGUCGAUUCUUAUCCUAAUGGCAUUGUCUAUAGAUAGAUACUUGACAAUUUGCAGACCAAAUCGAGUCAUCAUAACAACAAGAACAGUUCAGUUAACUUGUGUUGUGUUGUGGACUGUGGCUUUGGGUGUGGCACUCCCUCUUUUUAUAUGCAAAGACGUCCUCGAAGAGCAAGGGUUUGCUUUCUGCACGGAAACAUGGGAGUUUUCGCACGCCGCCAUAUACACUUGCGUGCUUUUUGUUCUUUUUUACCUUCUUCCAUUGGUGAUCAUGAUAGCUUUGUACAUCAAAAUCGCACAGCAAUUAUGGCGAAGUACAAAACGAACAAGAUCGAUGCGUGGUAUAGGAAGAUCAUUAUCUAAUGCAUCAGCCAAAUCCAAAUCAAGACUUACAAAGAUUUGUGUUGUUAUAGUGAUGAGUUUCGCCWUAUCUUGGGCUCCAUCUCAUAUAUCAACAAUGAUAUACUUUUUUGCAGACGCUAAACAUAUGUCCUAUGAGCUGAAUAUGAUAAUAUACCCUGUGAUAGAUGGAAUUGCGUACUCCAACUGUGCUCURAACCCUGUCCUUUAUUGCUUCAUGAGUCAGAAUUUUAGGAACGCUAUUGUGUCCGAGUGGAAAAGGYUGAUAAYGCGACGUCAACAGCGUCUUUACAGCGGUCUUCCUGGUAUGUCUAUUCGAAGUCGAACUACGUCUACUCGAGCACAAGCAUCAGUCCCUUCAAGAGAAAUCAUAAACGACAACAACGCGCACUACAGUUCAAAUACUUCAAUCACUAUCUAUGAAUCUGCUUUAUGA